AGAAAGAGGGAGAGGGGGGACCUGGAAAGGAAAGGGUAGAGAGAAAGGGAAAUAAGUCAGGAGCGAUGGCGGAAAAAGAUCCAGGGAGGAAAAUCAGUGUUUAUAGAAGUGUUUCGUUUAAAUAUCAUCUGAGUGAGUGGAGAGGUGGCAGCCUAGCGGAUGAGAAUCAGUCCAAAAAGUCCAAAGUCUUGAUCAGUUCAGCCCAGACGCAGGACACUUUGUCUCCCAGCUCUGAUGCUUGUGGUGGUGGUGACGCUGGUGUUGGUGGUGGUGGUGGUGGAGGAGGAGAGAAGAGCCUGCAAUCGCACAGCAGCAGAUCUGUGAGCAAAAUCCGUUCGGUUUGCAGGUUGGUGUCUGCCAAGGCUUCCAGCCCAGAAGGCAAAAGGAGCCACCAGAUCUCGCCAUCCAUUCGCCAACGCUCCGAGCUCUUCAGCGCUGGGCAAGGCUGGGCUCCUGCCCAACAACAACAACAACAGCCACAAGCCUCCAGACCCUCGCCAGCAAUACCCAGCAGCAAAUCUGGAGAAAGGGAGCAACAGCAAUCGGGUAAACCCGAGCCCUCGCCAGCCCUGAUUGACCCGUCAUCCACCCAGGUUCCAGAUCUCACACCUGGGGUACAGAUGGACAACUUUGUCCCGGCCGCUGGAACGCUGAUCAGCUUUGACCACGAGCAGCAAGGUUACGGUGGGGGUCUCUCCGGCCUGUCCUGUCUGGACUCUCCUCAACCAGCCCUGGCCGAGCAGGGCAGAAUCUUCCUCCAGAAUCCCCCCGAACCUGCCCAAUGGCCCAGUGUCCCUGAGAUGCUCAAGCGUUUUGGUGAGAGCGGUUUCAGGAGAUCCCAUUCGCACUCGACCUCCGAGAUCUGGGACCUCACCCCCUCCCCAGAAGUCCUCGGCCAGGGCCAGGGUGGGUGGUGGGUGUGUGAGGCGCCUGGGGUUAGAUGCAUCCAGCAACAGGAGGAGGCAAUGGACCAAAGCCCUGGCUGCAAGCCCUCGCCCCCUUGGUCCAGGGCUCCGACUGCUGACGUCCUUUAUUCUUGGGUCAGCAGUGAGGAAAAGAGUCUCAGUUGUAGCCCUGGUACCAGGCAGCAGUCCCCACCUCCACCUCCACCAACCCCACCACCUCGGAGCUCCUUGCCAUCAGAGCAGAGAUCGCUUUGGCUCUCGCCAGCUCUGCACAAACAAGAGGCAAGGCAGGAAUCGGAUAGUUUACAUUCCUUGCAUAACUGCUUCCUACCACAGACUGCCCCCACCACCACUGCUGCUGCUACUACAAGCAGUAGUACUGGGUUUCAAGCGAGCUCUAGCGACGGGGAGAAGGAAUACGCCACAGACCGGCAGAGGCAGGCACAGUGCAGAGUUCCUGGCAAGGUCAGGUCUCCCGAGCGGUCCUCAGAGAGCGAGGGGGAUUGUCCCGUGGCCCCAAGGGAUGUCAGGAGGAGAUCGCUUCGCAAGAAAAAAUCCAGCCUGGCUCUGGGCAGUCAGGGUGAGUCAGACAGUGAUGUGCCCUCGGGGGACUGUCUGCUGAGGCAUGAAGGAGGGCACGGACACUCCUGCAAAAGUGAUGGGGAUUUGAAGUUGUGGCGGCAAGUUUCUGAACCGAGCUCCUCGGCACCGGAUUACGACGCCCCGUGUCCCUUUGCCACGCUUCCCCGUGAAAGAAAGCACAGCCCCUCAGCAGCCGGCCAGAGCAGCAAAGUUCAUCAGAGCCAUAAAAGGCCUGUGAGGCUGGUCGGGGAGAGUGGAACAGCCGCAACUGUGAACCAGCCUCGCAGCACUGCGGGCUCACCCAUACCCCUGGUCUCCAGAGUGGCGAAGGUCAACAUCCAGUCUUUCCAGAGCCCCAACAGCUCCCGGAGCAGCAGCAGGUAUUCCAGCACCGAGACGCUGAAGGAGGAAGAUCACUUCGGCUCUGGCUGCCCCGGAUUAAGCAGGAGCUGCCAGGGGAGCUUGAACAUGCACCGGUCUCCGAGCUUCGGUCGCGGCGACGAGACGGCCAAACACCUGCAGCCGUCAGUCCGCACUCGGCCCAGGCUGCCCUUCGGUAUCGUCAAGGUAAGGACCGAAGGGUCAUCGGGGAACACCAGCCCCCAGCACCAGUGUCGACCCGAGAAAUCUAAGUACAGGAAGUCGAUGUCCAACCCCGACAUAGCCAUGGAGACACUGACGCUGCUCAGUUUCCUUAAGUCGGACUUUUCGGGGCUGCGUUUGAGGAAGGAGAGAGAGGAGUGCGAUCGUGAUGGGGUUAAUCACACAGGGGCUGCUGCCGAUGGCUGCCAAGCUAAGGAACGGCAGCGAGGGUUGGGGGCGGUGGGGAAAGGCAGGGGGUCGCUGUUCGCUCUAAACCAGGCAGCGGCCGGACGCCCGACUCUCAAGGAGCUCACGGCCACCCUGCGGCGAGCUCGGUCCUUCACGUGUCCCGACAAGCCCUGGGGGCGGCGGGCGGUGUCGCGCACUGCCAUCAAACCCAGCAGCUCGGAGCUGGCCCUCGCCAGCCUGGGGAACUGUGACUCGGCCUCGCCGGGCGGGAGAGGGCGAGGGGAGGAGCUGACCGUGGACAUGAAGGUGAGGAACAUCGAGGAAGCCGGGCUACUGUUCGCGAAGAUCAACAGGAUGUGGUCACAGAAAGGCUCUGCUGACCCCCAAGGCGGGGAGCGUAGGGGGAGCACGGAGGACGUGGAGGAGUUGCCUAAAGACCUCGUUGCCGAGGUUCCGUCCAAAGAGGCGGCGGACGAAGAUGAGAAGGUGAGGAAGGGGGAGUCGGAGGACAAUCUGUCCGGAGGAAAGUCAGCCGACGACUUGUCGGGUCCAGAGUCCAGCAUGACGGACGAGGGCAUCGUGACCGAGCCCGAGACGGGAUCCAGCAGCACCUUGUACAAGGAGAUUCCCGAUCAGACGCUCGUGCAGAAGCCGGCAGAGAGCGUUAACAAGGAGGAUCAGAGAGAACUGCGAGCUGGCAAAGCUCUGGCCCCUGGCACUCUGGCGGCGGUGAGGACUGGCUACGAGAGCGUUGCGAUAGGCGGGGACUUGCCGUACACUAAAACUGCUGUCCCGGUCACUCUGGAGCCACCUCUGACUCCCAGUUCUGUCCGACGCAGGAGGAAAUUUCCUCCCAGUGGGAGCAAUGGCUCGGACUCCAGCAAUGGCAGCAACGGGGAGCUGAGUGGCGAAACUCAGCGUUCUCUGAGCGACCCAAUGCCUCAACGUCGCUGCUCCACCUCCGAAGAGGCCGAGAGUUUCUCCGUGGACAGCAACCUGCUGGGCUCGCUGAACUCCGUCAAGGGGGGCGGGAUGCUGGAGGGUUCGGCCACCGCCUUGUCCGAGUGUACGGGGAGCGCAGCCAGCGACCUGUCGGUCUGCAGUGACGCUCUCAGGGACUACAACACUGUGAUCCAGAGCAUAGUCAGGGAACCGGGGACCAUGGACAAAGUGAUUGACGACAAAGGCAAUGGCAAGCUGCUGAAGAAGAAAUCGCUGAGCGACCCGAGCCGCAGAGGGGAGCUGAACACCCCAGAGUUCAAGGGUCCCGGGGAGCCCAUCAACGAGAUGGAGCAGCCUAUCCCCGCCUCCAGCAGCGAACCCAUCCUCUCGGAGCAGAGGGACGAGGCGGGCGAGCUCGAGGAGUUCUCCAAACCCUCUCGGAAGCCGCGCUCAAAGUCGGAACGCACCCUGCCCCUGCAGGUCAUCGAGGAGCAGGACAAGGCUAACCUACAGACCUUCAGCCUGGACCCCAAGCUGACCGAGGUCCUCUCUCCCAGGUCCAUGAGGCGCAGCUCCAAGAAGCGCAACAACCGGGUCACGCAGCAGGAGGGUAGGAAGUAUGAAGUGCCGGUGAGGUGGACCAGUCUCCCUGCCAAAACAAGGCUGUCACCCAAACACAUCAGGCACACCAGCGAGCCUACCAGCUUCAUCCCUGUCGCAUCCAAAGUCGUCGCUCCCGAGACCCACCUGCGUUGCAGCCAGCCGGUUCACAUAACAGCGCCCGAGCCCUCCAGGCACUCUCGGAAGCAGUGCCCGCUGGCCCAGACGCCGUCCUUGGAAGACGUGACCAAGCAGUACAUCCUGAAAGGGGAGUCGUCUGUUCUGCCCACCAUGGAUUUGCCUGUGUCGCCCACUGGUACUGAACCUCGUGUCCCUUCUCUGUCCAAGCCACACGAGGAACUGGGUCCAAGCGUCAACAAAGCGAAGCCUCAAGUGGAUAUGAGAAAACAUGUGAUGAUGACACUGCUGGAUGCAGAACAAUCAUACGUGGAGUCCCUCCGAACCCUCAUACAGGGAUAUAUGAGACCGCUGAAGCAGCCAGAGAAUUCCUUUAUCUGCGACUUGGCUCUCGUUGAUGACAUGUUUUUCCAGAUUCCUGAAAUAUUGGAACACCACGAGAAGUUUCUAGAACAAGCCCACCAGUGUGUCCAAAACUGGCAUGAAAAGCAGAAAGUGGGCGAUCUGAUGAUUGAAACGUUCUCCAAGGACGUGUUGGCCAACUCUUACUCCGCGUACAUCGAUAACUUCCUCAAUGCCAAAGAAGCUGUGAGAUUGGCCAAAGAGGCGAAGCCGGCAUUCAUUAAGUUCCUAGAGCAAUGUAUGAGAGAGAACAAGGAAAAGCAAGCACUGUCUGACUUGAUGAUCAAACCAGUCCAGCGAAUUCCACGCUAUGAGCUUCUGAUAAAGGAUCUACUGAAACACACGCCUGAGGACCACCCCGAUCACUCGUGCCUGCUCGCAGCACAGCGGUAUGUCAAGCUGCUCGCCGAAAGGAUAAACAAGGGGAAGAAGAAUGCAGAGGAGGCAGAGAAAGAGGCUCGCAUCCUGCUGGAGAUUGAAUCCCACAUAGAGGGCAUGAUGGACCUUCUGGUUCCUCACAGGAAGUUCUUAAGGCAGGAGAUGGUGAUUGAAGUGAAAACAGUCAGCAGUAAGAAGGAACGUUCGCUCUUUCUGUUCACGGACCUGAUCAUUUGUACAACUUUGAAGCGUAAAACUGGCUCUCUCCGGCGGAGCUCCAUUAGCCUUUACACAGCUGGGAGUGUGAUAGACACCGCAAGUAAAUACAAAUUCCUCUGGAAGAUGCCGCUGGAAGAUCUGGACAUUGUUAAAGGUCAAUCGCAGACCACCAAUCGAGAAAACAUUCAGAAAACCCUCAGUCGCCUGGAGGAAGACUUUAGCAUCUUAAGCCAGAUCAGCACGUUGGCAGAGACACUCAGUAUUUCACAUCAGAGUUUGGAUGACGUCAUUAAAGAUCUGAUGGCCUCUGUGAACCGGGAACUGUCGGAGAAGCAGUCACUCGCGGUCAGCACCAUGUUCCCGCUCACCAAAGUGGAAAUGACCGCAACCACCCCCGAUGGCACGGAGACCUUCGUCUUCGAGUUCAGUAGCAUUGAGGCACGAGCGAGCUUUGAGCAGGCCUUUGAGGAGACCAAGAAGAAAUUAGCUUUGAACAAAGAUCACUGGGACCCGGAAUUCCUGAAGGCCAUUCCCAUCAUGAAGACACGCAGUGGAAUGCAGUUCUCCUGCGCAUCUCCCAGCCAUGGCGGCCCGGACAACACUCAUGAGGUUUGGGUGUGUAACAGCGAUGGCUAUGUUGGCCAGGUCUGUUUGCUGAGUGUGAAGCCGGUGCCCACGGUUGAAGCCUGCAUCGCAGUGUGUUCGGCGAGGAUUAUCUGCAUCGCCGCAGUGCCAGGGCUCAGUGGCACCUCCAGGUCAGCAUUCAUACUCGCUUCUCCCCCUCCCCCCUUAGCUCCAGGUCCACAGCAGCCGCUCCACAUCUCCAUCUCCAGCUCGGCUCAGUCGCUGGGAGAGUCCACGGAGAGUGGCAGCAGGAGCCUCAACCCCUUCGACAGCGACGACACCGAGGACGACGAGUCUUCCCCCAGCCCGUCCGGCACGCUGCGGAGCCAGGCCAGCAGGUCCACCGUCUCCUCCAGCACCGGGAAUGAGGAGAUGUUGAGCUCAAAGGAUUUUGUGACGGAAACCACCAGCUCAGAGGAGGAGGCCGAGUCGGAUUACAUCGCCAACAACCGCUCCGUGUGUCAAACCCGCAACAGCGACAGCCCCAUGGACGGGAGGGCAAUGAGGCGUUCGAGCCGUGGGUCCUUCACAAGGGCCAGUCUGGAGGAGCUUCUGAGUAUUGAUCCCGAGGCCAACCAGAGCUCGAUGUGGCUGGGCACAGAAGACGGCUGCAUUCAUGUCUAUCAAUCGUCUGAUAACAUCCGCAACCGGAAGAACAGUAUGAAGAUGCAACACUCUGCGGCAGUCAUGUGCAUCCUAUACCUGGACAAUAAGGUGUUUGUGUCCCUGGCGAAUGGAGAACUGAUAGCGUACCAGAGAGACGCAGGAAGUUUCUGGGAUCCACACAAUGCUCAAACAUUGUGUUUGGGUUCGCCGGGAAGUCCUGUCACCAAAAUGGUACCGGUGGCGGGAAAGCUUUGGUGCGGUUGCCAGAAUCGGAUUCUCAUCAUGAACACAGCAAACCUGACCCACGAGCACACCAUCCAGAUUGGUCAGGACAGCAAUCGGUGUGUGACGAGCCUGGUGGGCUGUGGCCUGGGGGUGUGGAUCGCACUGCAGAGCAGCGCUCAGGUCAAACUCUACCACGCCAACACCUACGAGAACAUCGCUGAAGUGGACGUCGCCCCCGCUGUGCAUAAAAUGCUCGCAGGUUCUGAUGCCAUUAUCCGUCAGCACAAGGCAGCCUGCCUUCGGAUCACUGCCCUCCUGGCCUGCAAAGACCUUCUGUGGAUUGGAACCAGCGCUGGGGUAGUGUUAACACUAUCCAUUCCCCACAUCACUGCCAACACCACCUCCUUCAGGACGCCGCUGAUACCCAUGGGCUCGGCACACGGACACACAGGACACGUGCGCUUUCUGACGGCCAUUGAACUGCCCGAAGUCUUUGAUCUCACUUUCCCUCCAAUGAGGGAACCAGGUUGCCCGAGCGUGGCUGGUGACCGAGUGGCCGGGCUGCAGAAACGAGACUCCACACGGCGCAGGUCAUCAGCCAUCAUCCCGUUGAAGACAAACAUACUGGUGAUCAGCGGAGGAGACGGCUACGAAGAUUUCCGGCUCACCAACAGCAGCGAGACGGUGGGCCGCGACGACAGUACCAACCACUUGCUCCUGUGGCGCGUUUGAGAGGAUGGGAAGCCCCCUAACCUCUCUUUCCCCCCCCCUCCCCGCCUCUCCCCGAGGUG